AUGGCUGCCGAAACAGUAUUGAAAAUUACAGAAGAUUUUUUUAUCUUCUAGGGUACUUAUUAUCAAGUGGGUGAUAUUGUAUCACUUGUGGAUGAAGACGACGAAGUUUACUACGCACAGAUUCGCGGACUCUUACAAGAUCAGUAUUGUGAAAAAAGUAUUGUGAUCACCUGGCUUAUACCGACGCAGUCCAGUCCGAAAGAUUAUUUUAAUCCUGCGACAUAUAUUUUAGGUCCCGAAGAAGACAUUCCAAGAAAGUUGGACUGCGCCGAAUUCGUCUGCCACGCCCCCUCGGAAUACUUCAAGUCGAGGAACAGCCCUUACCCCACGGUUCCCUUGAAACCCGAAAACUGCUUCAUCUGGACUCGCAUCGGACCUCAGAUCAAGCCACUGCCCACCAAGGAAGAAGUCUUUGGUUCUUCGUGAGAACCUCCGUUCUGUAUCAUCUGUUUUAAUAUUAAAUAAAUAAAUAAUUCCCGAUAUAA